AUCUGAUGAAAACAUCGCUAAUUUUUAAUUAUUAGGCUACUGAAAAGUUUUAAUACAAUUGUUUAAAAACAGAUCAGACCAACAAUUUUCUUAAAACUACUGAGCUCUUGAAUCCAAAAAUGGAUGAUGAAAUUGAAAUAAAACCAGAUGUCUCAAAUAUUCAACCUUCUUUACCAGAAGCAGUUGCAAGUUCAUUUGAAAAUCAAAUCAAGUCAGAGAUUGAUAUUGAUUCAAUAGAUCACAAAUGUUUUAUGGAUCUUCAGCAUUAUGAUACUACAUUAGCACCACCAAGUUAUUUAAAUGAGGAUAAAGCUUUCCAAACAACAGAUGAGGACACUAAUAAUAGUAGUUUCCAUCCAUAUUUUACCAUCAAGAAUGAUAGUUCAAAAAAUAAUGAAUGUGAGAAAAAAACAGGAGGCACCUGUGAUUUGUGUAACAAAAUAUUUGUUAACAUUUAUAAUGUAAAAAGACAUUUGCGUCUUCAUUUAGGGGAGAAGCGAUUUUCUUGCAGUGUGUGCAGUAAAUCAUUUUUCAAAAACAGUGACCUGAAAAGGCAUCUUAUUAAUGUGCAUGCAAAGAUAAAGCAGUAUGCUUGCAAAAUUUGUAGAAAGACAUUUUCUCAACGGUCUAAUUUAGCAAAGCAUAAUUUAAUACAUAUAAAACAAAAGCCAUUCGCAUGCUCAAUAUGUAAUAAAUCUUUUAUAUCUUAUGAGGCAUUACAAAAGCAUAAAGUUGUACAUACAGUAAACAAUCUACAUACAUGUAUGAUUUGUGGUAAAAGAUUUUCAAAAAAGAGUGAGUUAAACAGACAUAAUAUUAUGCAUACAAAGGAAAAAUCAUUUGCUUGUUAUACUUGUAAUAAACUAUUUUCUUAUAAAUCUAGCUUAUUAAGGCAUCAAACAGUCCAUAUUAAAAUGAAACACUUUACUAGUCAGUCAUGUUCUGAUAAUGAUGCAUUACAAGACCAUUAUCAUGUGCAUAUGGAUAAGAAGCUUCAUACUUGUACAAUAUGUAGCAAAACAUUUACAAAUAAAAGUGACUUAAAUAAACAUAAUACUGUGCAUACAAAGGAAAAAUCAUUUGCUUGCUAUAUUUGUGGUAAUUUAUUUUCUUAUAGAUUUACCUUAUUAAGGCAUGAACGAAUUCACAAAACCAAGAAGCCAUUUACUUGUACAAAUUGUAGUAAAUCAUUUUAUGAUAAAGAGACAUUUCAAAAGCAUUGCCUUCAGCAUUCAAGAAAGAAAGUUCAUACUUGUGAAAUUUGCAGUAAAAUUUUUUCUAAAAAAUGCGACUUAAUUAGACAUCACCGUGUGCAUACAAGGGAAAAACCAUUUCUUUGUAAUAUUUGUAAUGAAUCCUUUUCUUAUAAAUAUACUUUUUUAAAGCAUCAAUCACUCCACACAAAACUUAAGUUAUUUGAUUGUUCAAAAGUGCUUAGCUAUAUACCUGCUGAAAAGAAAUUUCCUUGUGGUGUUUGUUUAAAAUUAUUUUCUAGAAAACAUGAUGUUAAAAGACAUAACCGUGUGCAUACAAAAGAGAAGCCUUGUAGGUCAAAGUAAAAUAAUUCUUUCUACACUUUAACACAAGAAACAGCAGAAGUAACACCAAUUGGGGAUGGUUUGCUAGACUGCCAAGUCAAAAGUCUCCAGUUCAAAUCUUGGUCUGGCCUCGCGACUGUAAGACAUCCCUAAGCCUGCAUAGCUCUGAUGGUACUUGACUGACAAUAGGAAAAGUAAAGGCUUCUGGGCAUAGUGCUGUCCACAUCAUCCUUUCAUAUGCCACGGUCAAGAAACAUGUGAACUCUACUUCAUCUGCCCUAUGGAUCAUUAGGUUUGGAAGUUGAAUUUAAUUUUUUUUUUUUUUUACUUGGUAACACCAGUUGAGCAAAACUGUUUAUUCUUACUUAAGUUGUUUUAUUUAUGAUUUUUUUAUAUAACAUUUUUUUUUUAAAUGGUUGGUAAAAAAAGUUGAGAUCACUUGCUUAAACUGAAACAAUAUUUGUUUUUACUUGAUAUGUUAACUUGUUUGUAAUCUUAGAAAACUUUUACACUUUGAGAUUAGCAACAAUAGGGUUUUUGUAGCAAAGGUUAUUGUGCUAUUCAUGAUCUUCUUGUGUAAGAUGCUUGUGUAUCAGCAAUGUUUUAAAAAACCAGAGGACUCACUUAUAAAUGAUAAAAUAUUCACAAGACCUAAUUUAUUUCAAAGUACAUUUGAACAAUAGGUCUAAACAUGCUUGAUUGAUAGUUGAGUUUUAAUUUGCUGGAAAAAAUUGUAUUAAUCUGUAUCCACUUUUCAAUAAGUCUUAAACCAGUUUGAUUUUUUUAUAGUUUUUUUUUCCUGAAUAAGUAAGUGAUAGAAAUUUUAAUACUGUAUGAUAAGCUGAAAAUCAACAUGUGACUUAUGAUUUCCUUAUGGACAAGUUUUUCCACCUAAGGAAAAAAAUAUCAUUAGAGUUAAUUAAUAAGACUGCAGGGAUUAGAAAACUUACAAAAUUGCAGUAGAAUGGCAAUGUUCAUAAAUUAACAUUGAAAUGUUAGUCUCAUUUCAGUGGUCAUUUUAUUUAAGAGUCUACUAACAUGAUCAAGUGACAAUAUCUUCCUUAAUUUAAUAAAAUCCUUCUAUGUAUUUUGUCAUAGAUUUGUAAAAUUACUUUCACAUUUUUUUUCCAGCAUUAUCAAUAAAAAAUAAUUGAUAUU